UUAUAACACACAGUAAAAGUUGCAAUUAACUAAAUUACUUUUUGUGUUAAUGAGAUAAGAAAUAUUUGUUAUUCUCUACAAAGAGUUAUGUCCUUGCUUUGCUUGUAUGUAUCUGUAAAUAGUGUGCCAACGACUCCUUUAGUCUGAUAAGAGUAUUUACUGCUGGUUAGGGCAAUAUGUACAAACAUUGAUAUGUGCUGUAAUAACUAUCAUACUCAAAGCACACUUAGUCACAAACUCACAAUCCAUUGUUUUAAAAUAUUGCUCGUUUUAAAUUCACAAAAAACUUGAAGUGAAAAUGUUAAAUGACAUAAAUAACUUACAAUCUAUAACUGACGGCCAAUUUAUACAAAAGAAAUCUAAGACUACCUCUACAAAAUGGCGUAAAUUCAAAUAUUAUUUUACAAAAAAAUCGGUUAAUUUAAAUGAAAUUAAAGACAAACGUGUUUAUAUUGAUUCAUUAAGUGCAGCAAGUGUUAAACGGACAGUAGUAAGGUUUUACAAAAAUAUCUUCAAAUCCCGUAACAGUGGCUAUGAAAAACUAUUAAGUGAUGAAGAAAAAAGGUGGUUGGAUGACUAUUCCGCAAGGCCUCACCAACUGCCCGCCUGGGUUGGAAUACCUGUCCAUGAUUGAUCAGCUCCUGGUUCAUCAGAAAGUGGAACUCCUCGAAGCAUUUGUUGGGUUUGAAACUAAUAACAAGUACACAGUGAAGAACAGCAUGGGGCAGAAAGUGUACUAUGCAGUGGAAGAUAACGAUUGCUGUACAAGAAACUGCUGUGGGCCCAUGCGUCCUUUUGAUAUGAAGAUUAUGGAUAAUUUCCGUAAUGAGGUGAUCCACCUUCACCGUCCGCUGGCGUGCGAUUCCUGUUGGUGCCCUUGCUGGCUGCAGAGCAUGGAGGUAACGGCACCUCCGGGCACUGUCAUCGGCUCCAUAGAACAGGACUGGUCCAUCUGCAAGCCUUGCUACUCCAUUAAAAACGCAACUGGCGACGUUGUGCUCAAAAUCAAGGGUCCAAUCUGCACAUUUUCUAUUUGUGGAGACGUUGAGUUUAAUGUGUACUCCAGCGACGGCGAGACUAAAGUGGGCAAAAUAACGAAACAGUGGUCAGGUUUGGCGCGUGAGGCGUUCACAGACUCAGAUUACUUCGGUAUCACCUUCCCUAUGGACCUGGAUGUCAGGAUAAAAGCUGUGCUUCUCGGCGCUUGCUUCUUGAUUGAUUUCAUGUUCUUCGAGAAACAAGGAAAUUCGGAACGAGAUCGGCCUGGAAUGCUGUAACUUUGCGUACGAAAUCUUAUGAUCUUUUUAUGGUAUGAAUACUUAUAUAUGGUAGGGAAUAUCCAAUUAAAUCUCUUUUGAUCUGUCAUAUUAUACAUGUUUAAGUGAGUAAGGCAUUACUUGUAGGACUAUUCUCUGAAACCCACUAUUCUCUAUAUUUUUGCAGCUCUAGUUUGUUAAAAGAGUAGGCAAAUAUAAUUAUGAUCAUAUAAACAACAUUUGGCUUGAUAGCAAGUUCGAGGUCUUGAGGCCAAAUGUUUUUAAACUAUUACCUAUAAGAAAAUAGUUUUGUUUGCCCUGUGUAUCUUUUAUACAAUGUUUUUUAAGAGUUUAUAAUAAUGUUUAAAUAAUUAUCUGUCACGUAUAUGUUUUGAGCUUUUUUGCCAAGAUAAGCACAUUAUGAAAGCACAGUUGUUAUGAUGACUUUAUAAUCUUUUGUUUUUAUUGAAUUUACAUUAGUGGACAUCUAAGCUCAGAGCACAGAAUAAAUAAUAGUACUACAUACUGCUUAGAGUUUCAAAGUGUAUUUUGUAAUGUCUAGUAACAAGGAUCUUAAAAUAUGAUUAUAUAAUGUUUCAUGUGGAAUUAUUAUUACUUGUGAAUGUUUCCUAAUAAUGUUACAUUAGCUAUAUUACCUACUUACUAGUCAUUUAAUUGUGAAUUAGCACAAAAAUACGUUGAAAUAUUGCAGGUACUUAGUUCAUAAUUACAGAUUACAGACAUUUAGCAAAUCGUUAAUUAACAAAAGCUUAGCAGCCAAUGGUAAACCAUUAAGAACUUUUGAUAUUAUAUACAAUUUAUUAAAUAAUGUAAGUAUAAAUGUCAAAAGUUGCUAAGAAAUUGAGGCCUUAUCCUGCAAAAUGGUUAUUUUUUCUUGUCAUAAAAGAGACUGGUACAAUGAGAAAAUGUCUGAAUGUCUAUUGUGAAGAGUGACUCACAAUUAAAUUAUAAAUACAGUCACACAUGCAUUUAUUAUAGAUAUUUUGUACCAUUUCCUGUUGUCUAGAGUCCUAUUUACAGUUUAUUGAUAGCUAUUUUAUGUCAGAUUUUAAUCUAGGUGCUACGUAAAUAAGUCUUAAGUGUUUGAAUUAGCAUUCUUGUUUUUUGACUAUAUUGAUUGAAACUAGAAAAUAUGCUGCCUUCUAAUGCAGUCAUUUUUGAUCCAUUGCUAUAUUGUAUGAUUAAAAAUACCUCUUGAACAAUAACGUAAAAUUCUGAGUAAAUAUUAAUAAGUAUAAGAUUUUUUUAUAUGAACUAUAUUAUACUGUAGGCUUCAUAGUUAUAUAAUGUGAUUUAGAAUGGCUUAAAUUGUAUUCAACAAAACUAUACAAAUAAAUAAUUUUCGAAACUUUUAAAA